GGGAACCGCCCCACAACAGGUGAGGCCGCCCGGGCGCUCACUACAGUCCUCCUCCCCUCCCCCAGCCACCGUCCAGUACAUCAUCUUCAUCAUCACAACCAUCGUGAGUUGGCGGAGUCAUGGCGGCCCGGUGGGAUGGCGCCCACUCCACUCCGGUCCUGUGCCUCGACGCCAGCGGAGAGGGGCUGGUGGCCUCGGGAGCCGAGGGCGGAGACCUGGCCGUCUGGGCCGGAGAGGGGGUCCCGCUGGGGCAGGUCCGCCUCCCGGGCGCCGAGGACGUGUCCUGCGUCAUCUUCUCGCCCACCCGCCCCGCCACGCUCUUCGCCUCCCACGGCCGGGUCGUCAGCGAGCUGGACGCCCGGGCCCUCGGGGACCCCGUCCGCCACUUCCACGUGAACGCCGAGGAGAUCAACUGCAUCUCGCUCAACGAGACGGCGGGCCUGCUGGCCUCGGCCGACGACUCGGGGGCCGUGGAGGUCGUAGACUUGGCCGGCCCCCGGGCCGCCCACCGCUCCCUGAGGGGGCACGCCAACAUCUGCUCCGCCGUGGCCUUCCGCCCGCAGAGGACUCAGAGCCUGCUCUCCUGCGGGCUGGACAUGCAGGUGAUGCUGUGGGGUCUCCGGGAAGGCCGCCCGCUCUGGACCGCCAGCCUGCAAGCGAGGGAGGAGAGGGGCAGCCGGCCGGCCGCCGCCGCCGCCCAACUGUUCAACCCUCCCCUCGUCCACUCCCUGAGCGUGGCGGCGGGCGGCGACCUCUUCGGCUGCGGGGCGGAGGACGGCAGCGUCCGGCUGUUCGGGGUGACGGGCGCCCGGGCCCGAGAGCGGCUGGCCUUCCGGGCCCACGGCCUGGGCGUGUCUCAGGUCCGCUUCCUGGCCGGGACGGGCCUGCUGCUGUCGGGAGGGAACGACGGCCAGGUGCGCCUGUGGGACGUCGGCGGGGCCGGGGGACCCCGGGGGGCCGCCCGCCGGAGGAGGCCCGGCCCGCCCGGCCCCAAGCUGACCAUCCGCCACGGAGAAAAAGUCAACUGGAUCACCUCCGCGCACAUCAGGGGAAGCCCGAAGGUCCUGGUUGCCGACCAGAGCCCGGUCAUAUCGGUGUAUCCCCUGAGCGGCCUCUAAACCCAAUAAAAGGAGAAAAAACCCGCUCCGGAA